AAAGAAAAAAGGAAAACAGAGCUACCAAAGCUAUGGAGUUUUUGACCCUAUGGAGAGCGGAGCUUCUCUUUUCUACGCCCUCAUAACGUCUGAGACCCUAGCAUCUGAAGCAUACUAAGCACCAAGUUGCGACGCUGUCCGGCAAAGCUCUGAACAGAUAAAACUGGGCAAACUCUUUCAAAAUAUUUUUCUCCUGGUUGAACAUGUGAAUUGCCCGUUCAUAUUUUCUUCCUUCCGAAUUCGCCUAUCUGUAAACGUACUGUUUGGUUGCGGGGUAACCGUGGGAAAACCAAGGUACAAAGAGAAACUGGCUAACUUUUACUUGAUUGGUUUCAAAUUUCGACAUUUAUUUUAUUAUUUUCAAAAAAGCGUCAAUUGUUGUGUAACAGGAAUUUAUUGUGAUCAUAAUGUGAGGGUUUGUUCGAUUUAGGCCUGAAAUCUGUACAAGGCCUCUAAAUCCGAAGUGGAUCCUUACAGUGAUCAUGUAUAUGCUUGUUGGCAUCUGCUUAUCAGUAGGAUUGAUGGUGGUCUCUUUUGAAUGUUCAUCCCAUUUCUUGCGAGAGAAAGAGAGGCAGAGAUGGAACAACCGCAGCUAGGUUGCAGUGGAGCAGAAGCAAUUCUAAAUCUACCACCCAGCUCUUCAAUUUCUAUUGCCUAUCACCCUUUGUUUGGUCCUCACGAUGAUCUGAUCCUCCUUGAGCUUGAUGAGAAACUUCUCCCAGAGGUCCUCCAACAAAGGAUAACUUUAAGAGGACAACCUGAUGAAGAUGCAGUUCUUUGCACUAGGUCAAAAACUUAUGCAGUGAAGUUUGUUGGGACUUCCAAUUCGGUAUUCCUUAUACCCCCUUCUGAUCAAUCAGAAUUUUGUGAAAAUUCUUUGGAUUGUAUUGGGAAAGAUCAUGAUCAACAAGUCGUUGCGUCUGUCAUCAAAGUUGCACCUGGUAACAUGGAGCUUGUUGAAGUUGCUCCAAGACUUGACAAGCUUAAGUUGCUUCUCUCUGUGAAUCCUUAUAGAUUUGGGGAGGACAUUGAAAUGGAGGAUUUAGAAGAGACAGAGAAAAGUUAUACAGGACUGUAUAAAUGGGAUGAUCUCGUUGAGCAGGUUCAAGCAAGUGAUGAGGAACUGAGGUCUGCAUUAAAGGCUCUUUCAGCGGUAGAGAUCGGUGGUUAUUGGAGAAUUGUUGAUGAUAAGUACAUGGACACGAUUCUGAGCAUGCUCUUACACGAUUCAGUACUAAAUGAUUGGUCACUUGAUUUACUUAAUGAGGAUGAAGUAGUGAGUAUGCUGGAAUCAGAUGGGUUCCCUCAAAAACUUGCACGCCAUUGUUUGCACGUAUACGGUACUAAGGUGGAUGAGAAUGUAGACAAACGUGUGUGGAGGUUGGAUGAGAGGCGGGUAUGCGUGCAUUUUGCAAGAGAAAUUCUGAAAGAAGGGAAGAGGAAAAUGGAUACUUUCAUGGUGAAGUGGAUGCAGAAGAUUCCAGAAGGGAUGCGAGCAAGUUUCGACAUGUUGGAAGGUGAAGUUUUGACGGAGAGGCUUGGUGUCGAGACAUGGGUUCGUGCCUUUAGUGUCUCUUCUCUGCCAUCUUCACCUGCUGAGCGUUUCUCCAUCCUUUUCAGAGAGCGGCCAAAAUGGGAAUGGAAGGAUUUACAGCCAUACAUCAGGGAUCUGAAAGUACCUGGUCUUUCUUCAGAAGGUUUGCUCCUCAAAUUCACUAGAAGAACACAACCGACCUUGGAUGCAGAACCUGUUUUCAGUGCAAGAUAGUUUGGACAUGCUUCUUCGAUUGGUAUUUUUGGGUGUCCUCCAUUGUUUGAUUGGCUUGAAAGAAAAAUGGAGUUGGAAGUAAAACUUGAUUUCUCUCAAGUGAUCCAAGGUUGAGCUUUCUGAAUUUUCUUAUGCAGUAAGUUCCUGUUUAGUUUCUGUGCUGCGUAAUUGUCAUAUAUAUCGCAGUAUGCAAGAACUAUUCGAAACAACUGUAAUGUUUCAAUGAAUUAAACAUCGUGUUGCGGGGGCCAAAUAAAGACAAAUGAUCAUUAAAU